AGGAAAAACACUGACUCACUCACACUCAUUCACAAUACUCACUGCGAAAGAGAAGAGAAUCAGAAACUGCAACUUCGAACUUGAAGCAUAAACCCUAACUCUCCCUCUCAUUCUCUGUUCUCUCUCGUCUUCAACCAUGUCUUCUAUGCUGCAACCACAGAUCAUUCUCUUGAAGGAAGGCACAGACACCUCGCAAGGGAAAGCGCAGCUCGUCAGCAACAUCAAUGCCUGCACCGCCGUCGCCGACGUCGUCCGCACCACCCUCGGCCCUCGCGGUAUGGAUAAACUCAUCCACGAUGAUAAGGGCUCCGUCACCAUCUCCAACGACGGCGCCACCAUCAUGAAGCUCCUCGAUAUCGUUCACCCCGCCGCUAAAAUCCUCGUCGAUAUCGCAAAAUCUCAGGACUCUGAGGUUGGCGAUGGAACCACCACUGUGGUAUUGCUUGCAGCUGAGUUUCUAAGAGAGGCCAAGCCUUUUAUCGAAGACGGCGUUCACCCUCAGAAUUUAAUUAGGAGCUACCGGACUGCGAGCACCUUGGCGAUUCAGAAGGUUAAAGAUCUUGCUCUUAGCAUUGAGGGAAAGAGUCUAGAAGAAAAGAAAAGCUUGCUUGCUAAGUGUGCUGCUACCACGCUUUCUUCGAAGCUUAUAGGUGGAGAGAAAGAGUUCUUUGCAUCCAUAGUUGUGGAUUCUGUUAUUGCAAUUGGGAACGAUGACAGGUUGAACAUGAUUGGAAUUAAGAAGGUUCCUGGUGGUACCAUGCGGGACUCGUUUCUAGUAAAUGGUGUUGCGUUCAAGAAGACAUUUUCAUAUGCUGGGUUUGAGCAACAGCCCAAAAAGUUUUUAAAUCCAAAAAUACUAUUACUUAAUGUUGAGUUGGAGCUAAAAUCUGAGAAAGAAAAUGCUGAAAUAAGAUUGUCCGAUCCAUCACAAUAUCAGUCAAUUGUUGAUGCAGAAUGGAAUAUUAUUUAUGACAAGUUGGAUAAAUGUGUGCAAAGUGAUGUCAAAGUUGUUCUUUCACGAUUGGCUAUUGGUGAUCUCGCUACACAGUAUUUUGCAGAUCGAGACAUUUUUUGUGCUGGUCGUGUAGCAGAAGAAGAUCUUAAAAGGGUUGCUGCCGCAACUGGUGGAACUGUACAAACAUCUGUCAACAACAUUAUCGAAGAGGUUCUUGGAACUUGUGAUGUUUUUGAGGAAAAGCAGGUUGGAAAUGAGAGGUUCAAUAUAUUCAGCGGAUGUCCAUCUGGUCAAACAGCCACCAUAGUUCUUCGCGGCGGAGCUGAUCAGUUUAUAGAAGAAGCAGAGCGAAGUCUGCAUGAUGCGAUCAUGAUAGUUAGAAGGGCUUUGAAAAAUUCAACUGUAGUUGCUGGUGGAGGUGCUAUAGAUAUGGAAAUUAGCCGGUACCUGAGGCAGCAUGCGCGUACAAUAGCAGGGAAGUCUCAGCUUUUCAUCAACUCGUAUGCAAAAGCUCUUGAGGUUAUACCUAGGCAAUUAUGUGACAAUGCAGGAUUUGAUGCAACUGAUGUGCUGAACAAAUUAAGGCAGAAACACGCGCUUCCUUCUGGUGAGGGGGCACCAUAUGGAGUGGAUAUAAACACUGGUGGAAUUGCUGACUCUUUUGCUAACUUUGUCUGGGAGCCUGCAGUUGUAAAGAUCAAUGCUAUAAAUGCUGCUACGGAGGCUGCUUGCCUUGUCUUAAGCGUGGAUGAAACAGUUAAAAAUCCCAAGUCGGAGAGUGCGCAAGGAGAGGCUGCAGCAAGUGCCAUGGGAGGCAGAGGUCGCGGAGGUGGUUUCCGUGGUCGAGGACGAGGAAUGCGUAGAUGAUGAGAAAUGCAAUCUAAUGGGCCAGCAUCUGUCUCAUGCAUUGAUUGUCUAAUUAUACGCGGAAGGGCGCAUUUCUGCCUUUGGUGUUUCUAGAAGCACGCCUUAUUUUGGAUUUGCAAGUGAUGAAAUUGUAAUGGGGAUUCUGGGAACAUCAUCUGAUAAAACUAGGACUUGAUGGUAGCUAUUUUCAGGCAUUCUCUUUGUGGCAUUUAUUCAUUAUACGUUGUAGGGCUGAAACUACUGGGGUUAUUGGUGUCUACAUCUUUUUCGUGUGAAAUUUUGCAUCACCUCUGUUCUGCAGUUAUCAACUAUUUUUGUUACUUCGUAUUUAUAUAAGCUUGUGAUCUAUCUGUUA